AUGAGUGGGGGUGACUUAGUUGGAAUCAUAUUAACUGUAAAAUGGCCAUAUCAAGAACCAGAAAUUGUAUUUUAUCAUCCUUCAAACUCCUUUUCAAUAUUAAACGAGAAAAAUGUUAUUCCAAUUAAAAAAUGUUUUGGGUUGGAAUGUUCAAAACUUGCACCUUUGAUUUUACCAUCUGACUCACAGUUAUGGAACAAGAUGUCCGAUUUGGUCAUUGAAUCAAGGGAAUUUCAACAUAGAUUUGUUUUCUUCCCAAGCUCAACAAUCAGUAAUAAACUCUUAAGUCGAGUUUCAUCUGUCAACGAUCAAAAAAAAAUAAUUAAUCCAAAUAAUGAAAAUCUGAAAUUGGAUAAAUUUAUCGAAAGCUUCUCCAUAACUUUAGUAUUUAUCGCAUCAACUUUUAUCAAGUAUGAAUUUGUAGAAGAAAAACUAUUUAAAAUUGUAAACGCUCUUCUAUCAUGUGAAGUUACAAAUAAUUUUAUUUCGAGAGAAAUUUUCAAAUCUAAUGAAGUCUCGUUAGAAUGUAUAAAAAAUAUAUACAAAGCCGGCCACAAUAAUAAAGAUAAUAUCUCAGUUGGGAGUGAUCAUAAUAAAUUAGGUAGACUUGAAAGAAGUAAUCUACAAGAACACAUUUCCUCUUUAAUAGAGAAAAAUAAUAAGCUUGUAAAGAAGCUUAUUAAAUAUUAUUUGGGCCUAAGAAUUGAUUAUGGUGAUGUUAUGGUUGUCCCACCAAAAUCAUGUUAUUUGAAUUGUUUUAAGAAUAAAAAUCACAUUCGAAACCCAUUAGAAGAUUCAUAUGAUGAAUUAACUAUUUUCAUUGAUAAAACAAAACUGUCUAAUAUAUAUAAAGAAAAUGAACUCAUAAAUGAAAUUUUAAAGGUUGCAGAUCCGCAUUUAUCUAUCAGGGAUAUUUCGAUUGAACUUUUAGAGCAUCCAUCAGACAUUUUGAAGAUUUGUCAAAAGUUAAUUUCUAAAAGAGUUGCAACAGUUAUGGAAAAAAUAAGAUAUGACAAGGUUUAUGCAAUUUACCCGGAAGUUAUCAAAAUACAGUUGAAUCAAUUCAACUUAGAAUUUAAGAAUAUUAUUGAUUGGAGGGGAUGCAACCCACUUAUAUUAAUCAGUUCAUUUUUUUGUAAUGGAAAGAAGCUUUUUGAUGUUAGAAAUGAGCUUGUCGAAUUCUUUCAAAAAUUUGCUGGGGGAAAAAAAGUAUCCGAGCAAUUUGUUUAUUAUCCAUAUGGCUCAUCUAAAAACAUAUACUCCUCAAGUCAUGACGAAUCAUUAAAAAUCGUAAAAUCCAUUAUUUCAUGGCUUUAUGUCAAUGGUUGUAUUACAAUAAAGUACCCAAACAACGCGGCAAUAUAA